CUGUAAUACUAAUAAUAAUAAAUAAAGCAGUAGUUUUUAUGAGAUACAAAGAAAAGGUGGAAGGGGUUAAUGGUGGGCUUGAUGUACGGAUAGGAUCCAAUGAUAAAGUUCAGUGCUCUGAAUGAAGGCUUUGAUUCAGAUUCAGAAAAUGAAGAGCCAGAAGAUCUGGUCACCAAAGAAGUCCAGGAAGAAGAAGCUCAUAAAUUGUACAACAAAGCCCUAGAAUUACAGACACAAGGACAUUUCUCAGAAGCUGAGGCAACUUUUAAAGAGCUUCUUCAGUCUCAGUUACUUUCCCAAGUAGUUCCAAAACCAGAUGAAGAUACACCUCUUACACCAGGCUUGACUCUUAAGUAUCUUGCUUACAAAAACCUUGGUAGUAUAGCAGCUGAGAAAGGGAAUUUUUAUGAUGCAGUAGAUUCUUAUCUUGAGGCUGUCAGUAUAGAUGCUACAGAUGUCACAUUGUGGUACCGAAUUGGGCAUGGAGCAUUAAAACUACAUAAGUAUGCUCUGGCAAGACUUGCUUUUGAAGAGGGUUUAAAGUGUAGCUCCGGUCACUGGCCUUGUCUGGACAAUCUUAUUACUGUUUUGUAUGCUCUAAAUGAAUAUGCAAGUUGUCUGUAUUACAUUUCCGUAUCUCUGGAAAAGGAAUGUUACUACUUAAAGGGUUUGGUAUUCCGAAAAGAGAUACUACAAGAAGAUCCAAGCUUAAAUGAAUACUGUGGAAGCUUCUUCAAAAACUGCAACCCAUCAAUUUACACAGCAUCGUAUGAUAAAGAAGAAGGGAAAAAAUUGAUUGAAGAAGCUCUUGCAUUAAGAGCUAAGAAACAGGAGAUAUCCAGACCUCCUCCUUUGCCUCUUGUAAAUUUUCUCCAACCACUCACAGAUUUCAGCUGGAAGUCAUUAGGAGAGAGCUUACUUGCAAUGUAUGAUCAUAUAGCCAGCAGUGAUCCUCCAAUUUCAUAUGGAUGUAGAGUAGAUCUUACAAAAUACACACAGAUACCACAGACAAGUCCAUCUGUUCUUGAGGUUUCAGAAACUCUGGUUACUAGUUCAGUAAUUCCUUCACCUGUAACCACAGUAACAUUACCCCAACAAAGUCAACAGCAUUUGGUUCUGACUCCCAUAUCUAAGGAAAAUCUUUUGUAUUCCACUCCUUUAGAUACCAAGCUUGUCAUUGUUGAUCCACAGAUUCCUCAAGAAUAUGACUCACCUGCAAUGUUGACAGAGUCGGGACAUCUUCUCAUGCCCGAUGUUGGCUAUCACAGCUUACUACAAACAUCACAGGUUCAGGACCUAGAUACCAGUUGCUUCUACUCUGUAACCACCACUAGCUCUCGUCGUGGAGCCAAACGGAAGCGUCUUUCUUGUGAAAGUUAUGAAGUUGGUAGUAAAAGACGAUCAGCUAGAGUUCGCAACACUACGAACAAACCACAGGAUCAUGUAAAUUAUCAGGAGCUGAUACAAAAGUUUUUACCAACUCGAUUAAUGGGAGACAAAAGGGAAGAAUUCAGGGAAGAGGAAGGAGGUGUAAUAUAUACUGAAGAUGGGCGAGGAGGGGACCACACCUAUGGUCAGUGUGAAAAUACAGAUUCUCGUGAUGAAAAGAAAACAUUGAAACCCACCAACUCACUCUGUUUUGGAGAGAAAGAAGAUGUAAAAAACUUUUUCAUUGAACACCAAAAUAAUGGUGGAAUACUGGACCUGCUUUAUUGCUACUUAAAACACGUGAGCCAAAAAAAUAAUGUCAAAUGGCCUAGUGGACUCACAGAUGUUUAUAUGGCAGUCUAUGUAAGAAAUAGAAAACACUUCACACUUCCAUCAUUAUUUUGUCAGGAUAUCGACAGUGAAGUUUUCAAAAAUAGAGGAAUGACAAUAUUAGUAAACUGUGAGCUGAAAGUAGACAAGUGGCAGACAUCGACUGGGCGUUCUAAUGGCACUUGUAUAUCUCCAACAGUCUCACCACGAGGUAGGACUACAGGAACUCAGCUUGGUCCAGAUUUUCCUGGUAAACACUUCAUUUCUGACUUAGAGUUUUUGGUACAUUUGAUCGUACGACAGGAAGUCUGGGGAGCCAGCUGGAAAGAAUUUGCAUUACGAGUUCUGUGGCUGAAAUCCAAGUAUCAUACUUUGAAUGGUGAAGCAGACAUGGCAGCAUCAUGUUUGGAAAGGAUAUUAACUCUGUUGUGCAAAGAGAAUAAAUCAGAAUCAUUCCAGAAGGUUGAUCUAGUGAACUGCUUCAGUGGCAACAUUAUCACCAUUGAAUAUGUACAAGAACUUCUGGAGUCUCUUCAGAGGUAUCAGUCAUUAGAAGAAGUUCAAAAGCUAUUUGAACAAGGUGACUAUGAAGCUGUUGUAAGUCUACUCAUUCCCACUUUUAAACAACCCUCAACUAAAAGUAAGGUAUCUGGAGAAAGCAACAUCCCUGAGCGACAUGCCCAGUUAUUACUUCUUCAGGACUCUUUAUGGAAGCUAGAAAGUUAUCAGGUGUGUUUGAAGUGGGGUGAAGUAGCAUUCAAUGAGGCUCUCCAUCAGUACAUGAAUGCCAGUACCACAUCAGAUAGGAGUGAUUGGGCCAAUACAAUGGCCAACCUUCUACAAGGCUUGGAAAAGUGCAUUGGUAAAGAUAAAAAGUUAGUGGACCAAAUGGGAGAUGUCAAGCUAGUUCGAUUUACGCAGAACUUAAUCCAGGUGAUAUGUUUACAAAUGGAUUCAUCAGAUUAUUACACUGAAACCAGCAUCCAGACAAUCCUUCCUUGGGUUCUUCUGUACCGACUGAUAGAAAAUGAGGAAUGCAAAACUCAAGAGGAAAUUGAUAAAAAGUGUACCAUUAACCAGCCAGAAGUUUUUGGUCAGGAAGAUGAAACUAGUAAAAAGAAACUUGACAACCAAGACAGUGAUCUAAUAGUGACUAAUCAGCCAGUAAUUGAGAGCCAGAAAUCUGUAAUUGAAUCACAUAUUCAACAUAUGGAUGUAGAUCAGAAUCUUGAAACUGGAUCAGCUAAUCUGUCUCUUAUUGAUAGCCAGAAUCUUGAUAUGCACUCAACAGAUCAAUCAUUGGAUAGCGUCAUAAAGUUGGAACCAAUCAGCAAAUCAGUUACCAGUGAGAGGAAGGAGGAGAUGCAGUCCUCUGAGCAAGGUGUUAUUGACAGUCUUAAAAAUGCCCAAAAUUCAAGAUGUAAAUCAGGAGUUGAUAAUUUCCUUUCAAACAACCCAAUUAUAAUUGAAAAUCAAAAGAAUGACACAGUUUCUUCCACUCAGUUAUUAAUUGAUAACCAAAAUUAUGACUCAAAAUCAACUGAAGUAUUGGCUUUCUGUCAUAAUAAUAUUCAUGAAUCAACCCAAGAGCAAGUAAUUGAACAGCAGAAGGAAAACAUAACGUUACAUGCUCAAAGGGACAUCAAAUCAGUAACAAAUCAAGCAGUUGAGGAUAAUCAGAAAGAACACAGUGAAACAAAUAUUCUUGAUAAAAACCAGAUUUCAAGUGUUUUUCCAAAGGAAUCAGAGAUGCCACACGGUAUUUCUUCCUCCCUUAUGUUCCUCCUAACAGCCCAUGAAUGUCUAGGAAAUCGAUCAUGGUGUUGUGCCUCUGAUGGAGCACUACUGCUAUUGUGUGUUGAUGUUGCUCUAGAAGAAUUGAAGAAAUCCCCAUCACCCCACCCUCACAAAGAAGAUUUAGAGAUGGCUGUUGAACAGUGUUUUUAUUGUUUGUAUGCACAUCCAAGUAAACGAACCAAGGCCAAACAUCUACAGGAACACAAUGCUCCUCAGAUUAUACUAACAUGGGAAAGAGCAGUACAGCUAUUUGACCAUUUUAAACCAUCAGUUCUGCCAGAGUUUGACAGUUACAAGAGUAGCACUAUUUCUGCUGAGUGUGAAAUCCUGUUAAGAAGAAUCUCAACUCUAGUUCCACCACAAGAAGAUCCCUCAAAUAACGUUGACAAAGUGGUGGCAUAUAUAGAAGGUGGUACAGAUCGUUAUCCCUCCUUCCACACAGAUAAACCACUUGGUGUUGUCAAGGAGAUCUACUACUUGCUUGGAGAUUACUAUUUCAAAAACAAGGAGUUUGGGAAAGCCAUAAGAUUUUAUAUUUUGGACAUCUGUGUGAACUCAGAUCGGAUCGACUCAUGGGCAGGGAUGGCACUAGCAAGGAGUUCACAGCUAGAACAGAAACUUAACUCUUGUGAGCUCAAAAGUGAAGCCACCUUCUACAGGAAAGCAUCAUCGGCAUUACGUUGCUUUAAACGAGCAGUAGAGUUAGACACCACUAAUACAGCCAUCUGGGUUGAAUAUGGCUCACUGGCUUAUAUGCUUCAUUCUCAUGCUUCUCGCCAACUUAAGCAGCAGCAGCACUUUCCAUUUAGUGAUGAUAUUGUGGAGCUCCUGCAAACUAAACAGAGGGAAAUGUUAGAUACUGCAUUUAAGUGUUUUAAGGCCGCCAGCAAGUGUGGAGAUGAAAGAGGUUGGGUGGAUGAAGCUUGGCUACACCAUUACAUGCUGGGGAAAAUCAGUGAGAAGAGGAGGGAGCACCCAAAAAUUGCUCUUGAACACUAUAAAAUGGCUGCCUCGUAUCUGCACAGAGAUGGAGCAUGCUAUCCAAAGAAGAUUCACUAUCACAGCCCUAAAGAACUUUCAAUUGAAUCAUUAGAGGUUUAUUAUCGGACUCAUGGAGUGGUUCUGAAGUAUCUGUUACAGAAUGAAGGAAAACUCAUUUCGUCAGAUGAUGUUUCUAUUUUACAAAACCACAUAAAAUUUUCAGAAGAAAGUCCAUUUGCUAACUAUCAAGAAAAACGUGAUAUUGAUAGAGAAAAUCGAUACUUUUCACCAAGUUCAUCAGAAGCAGAAGACUAUACUGUACCAUCUGUGAUAAAGAAGAAGGUAAAAAAAGCAGCAGCCAUGGAUCAUGAUUACAUCCAACAACAGUCGAAGGUUGAUACAGCUAGUCAGAGAGGGUAUCGCAACUCUUUAGAUUCCUCUUCUGAGUCACAGGACUCUGCAGCUGUUAAAGAUAUACUAAAUUCUUUGAUAGCUGUUGUGUGUGAGAGAUGUCCAUCACAGGUGACUGAAGCUACCAGGGUUGUUGGUGAUCAGCGGGUCAAGAAAACUUUUUCUAUAUCAGAAUCAGAAAAACCACAGAGACUUGUUGAUGAAAAAAUUCAGGUUGAAGAUGGAGAAAUGGGGACUGUUGUUAAUGACAAAAUGAAUUAUACGGAAAAAGAUGUUACAAUAAAGGACAUGAGUGAAGUUGCUACUUCUAGUGGGGAAAAUGGUCAAACCUAUUCCGAAAAUCGAACAAAGAGCAGAGAAAGUUUGGAAGAAAUUCUACAUGAUUUAACAGCCAAAUGUAUAAACUCUCUUGGGGAUUGUCUUCAGCGGUUCUCACAGCAUUACAAGUCACUCUACAGACUAGCCCACUUUUAUUGUACAUCUAGUAAGUAUAAGAACAUUCAGUGGAGCCAAGAUGUUCUCCUUGGAACAAACACUCCGUGGCAAACUCUGCCAUACAUGCCAAGUCCUGGUUUAUUUGCAGAACGGAAGAAUACAAACUUUUUCAAUGGCAUAUGGAGAAUUCCCAGUGAUGAGAUUGAUCGUCCUGGUAGCUUUGCUUCUCACAUGUAUCGUUCUGUGAGUCUUUUGCUGGACAUAUUGAAAGAACAGACUGAUUCAGCCAAACUCUUGCAUGUUGCUUUGCAGUUAAGUCGCACUCCUGACAUGGGCAAAAAAUACCUCCGAGACAUUGAUCGUAUAUACUUAUCAAGAAAAGCAGCAGACUACCAUCUAAAUGUCCACAGGGAUGAACUGAACAAUUUGCUACAAGAAUCUCCUCCUCCUGAAGAAUGGAGGCUGACUAACUGUCUGUUGGACAUAUUUCGAAGCUGGCAAACUUGUCAGAAGGCAGGCAUGCUCACUGAAGAGGCUGAUGAACUGUUAGAAGAAGCCUACACCAUGUACAAUUUAGGAGAGGUGGAUACUUCACCUCCUGUACUGCAACAAGCUAUUCAGUUUUGUCAAACUCAGAUGUACAAACAGACACAGUGUAGUCAAGAUGGUCAUCGUAGCAAUUCUGCUUCAAAAUUUCAACAGUCCACUGAAUGGACACAAGAAGCCAUAUCCACUGCCAUCAACUUCUCUGGGGAGGCCAGCUAUGCAUCAAAAGCUUGUAGUUCUGGCCCUAGUAGCUGUUCGACUGUGGCUCUGUGUGGACAGUUCUUUCCUUACUGGAUGGAGCUUCCCAGUACAAUAUCUGCAGCUAUCUGGUGUCCAAUCCAACAAACUGAUCUUCCUUCUCAACUUGCUUUUAGUGCAAUAGAGGAAAGGAUACUAUCACAAGAGGAGCACCUUAUUGUUCCCACUACUAUUAUGUCAGGCAGCAAUGAACAUCCUUUGAGUAUCAUGCUAACUAAUAAAAGCUGUUAUGAUGAAAGAAAGAAUUCAAACUGACUGUAUGUUCAUAAACUAAUGCUGAGCUGUAUACUAACAGAAGUGAGAUUGACAUUUUCUGGUCGUGUCAUAAAUACAAAUUCUCUAUAAUAUAUUUAACAACUUUUUUUUUUUUUCUGAUUGAGCAAUACUAAA